AUGGCGACUAUGGACGAAAUCUCCCCCAAGAAAGAAGGGCUAUACUCGGCCGAUGCGGUCGGCAGUGAGGAGAGCAGCGAUGCCAUCGACCAAGAUGAAAAAGAUAUGGCCAGGAUGGGCAAGACGCAGGAGUUCAGCCGCAACUUCAACUGGAUCAGCAGUUUUGUCGCCUUGAACAAUUUCCAAAUGCUUGUCGACGGCGGCACGGCGGGCAUGUUCUGGAGUUAUACGUGGGUUAUCACGGGUCAAUUCUUCAUUGUCCUCAGCCUCGCCGAGAUGGCUUCAAUGGCGCCCACGGCAGGCGGACAGUACCACUGGGUCAGCGAGUUUGCCUCGAGGAAGUACCAAAAGGCUCUCAGUUAUACCUCAGGCUGGCUCAGCUCUCUCUGUUGGCAAUCCUUCGUUGCGUCCGACUGCAUGUUCGCCGCCCAGCUCGUCAUGGCCCUGGUCCAACUCGGAAACCCAGACUUUGACAUCAAGAACUGGUACACUGCUCUCCUGAGCAUCCUGAUCGGCAGCCUGGUCACUGCAAUCAAUGUCUGGGGUGCAAAGAAGCUGGCCCUGCUGGAGAAUGUGUUUGUGGCCUUGCAUGUGGCCGCAUUUUUUGUGGUGCUCAUUACCAUCGCCGUUGCCUCUCCCAAGAACGACGCGAAGGAAGUCUUUACCACUUUUACGGACAAUGGCGGCAAUUUCCCUCUGCUGGGUCUCGCCGUCAUGGUCGGCCAAGUCCCUGCCAUGUGGAACGUCCUGGCCUCGGAUGCCGUCGCUCAUCUGUCGGAAGAAGUCAAAAACGCCAGCGUGGUGACGCCCAAGACCAUGUUCUGGGCAUACAUGUUCAACAUCCCUCUCGCCUUCGCCAUGUUGAUUGUGUUCCUGUUUGGCAUGACCGACGUCGCCACUGCGACCACUGAAGCAUUCCCAUUUGUGUGGCUGUUGCAAAACUCUCUCAGCACGGCGGGUGCUCAAGCCAUCACAUCCAUCAUGUUUAUCCUGGUGUUUAUGAUCGCCACCAGCUGCUUCGCAUCGACCUCGCGCCAGCUAUUCGCCUUCGCCCGCGACGACGGAAUGCCGUUCCCGACCUGGAUGAAGAAAGUCAACAAGCAAUGGAACGUCGCGGCCAACGCAUGCUUUGUCACCUGGGGCUACACGGUGGUCAUGAGUCUGAUCUACCUCGGCAGUGUCGUCGCCUUCAACGCGAUCAUCAGUCUGGCCAUCGUGGCCCUGAUGGCCACCUACGCCAUCAGCAUUGCCUGCGUGCUGUGGCGCCGCAUCAAGCUCCCAGAGACACUGCCACCAGUGUACUGGAGCCUGGGCAAGUGGGGGAUCCUGGUCAACGGGAUCGGCCUGACAUAUGCCAUCUUCGCCUUCUUCUGGGCCUUCUGGCCCAUCUACUGGAAUCCUACUGCGGAAGAGAUGAACUGGGCCAUCGUCCUGUUCGCGGGAGUCAUGUUCAUCUCCGCGGUCAACUGGGUCCUCAGUGCCCGGAAAAUGUACCUCGGCCCUGUGGCGACGUGUGAAGGUCGUCAGCAAGGUUGA